AUGUGGGGCACGCCCCAUUUCCUUCCUGCCCCAUGCCCCAUGGCCUGGAGCAGCAGCGGUGCCCUGGGGGCGGGGGGCCGGGACCGCAUCCUGCGGGUGCUGGACGAGCUGCCGGCGCUGGAGCUGCGGCGCAUGAAGGCGGCGCUGAACCGGGCACCGGUGGCCGGCGGGUACCGACCCAUGGCCCGCGGCAGGAUGGAGGCGGCCGACGCGCUCGAUCUCACCGACCUCAUCCUGGGUCACUAUGGGGAGCGCUAUGGGGUGACGGUGGUGGGGCAGGCGCUGAGGAGCAUCGAGAGGAGGGACCUGGCCGAGUGGCUGCUGGGGGAUGGGGCCCCUCCCCGCCCCACCGAUGACGUCCCCGAUGACGCCGCCGAUGACGCCACAGCCGAGGCCGGCCGCCGGUUCGUGCAGCGGCACCGCGCGGCGCUGGUGCAGGGGGUGCGGGCGGCGGCGGCGCUCGCGGACCGGCUCCAGGCUCGGGGCGCGCUCAGCGCCGAGGCCGCGGCCGCCGUGGCCGCCGGGGCCACCCCGCAGGAGCGGAUGCGGCGGCUCCUGGACACGGCCCCGGGCUGGGGGCCCCGCGGCCACCGCUGCUUCCUGCGGGCGCUGCGGGAGCUCCAGCCCUGCCUCGCCGAGGAGCUGGGGGAGCCCUGA